AUGGCUUCGAAUGCCAAAAAUUCACUCCUCUCACUUUUUAUAAUUGCCAGUAUCAUCAUCGGCAUAAUCCUAAUGGUUUGGGGUGGUACAGAAUUAUAUAAACUGCACACCUAUAUCGCAGCACACUGCUUAGUUAAAUCGACUAAUCUCGUUCGUGGUGACUAUCUGUAUUCAGUUGUAUGGAAUGUAGUCGUGACAGAUGAUGGAAGUAAUGUGGCGAGUAGUGGUCUGGUGUCAAUCUUUGAUACAACCUCGACGUAUCAAGAUUAUUUGUCUUUUACUAAACGGAACUGGUAUUCGAUAGGUCAGUCAUACCCGUGUUAUCAUAAAAGUUCCUUUUCGAACAAUUACACAGAAAUACAAUGGAACCGACCGCAGAAAGCAAAGGCCUACGGAGGUUUAUUUGGUGGACUAGCUAUAUUAUUUUUUGGUAUUGGAGUCUAUUUCGCUCGAAGACAUUACCAGAGAAAGUAUAGUGGCACUAUUACUCAUAAUCAAUUGACUGGGACUACGACAGCACCAGUACCAAGUACUACAACGACACCGCGAACUGAGGAAGGAAGAGAAUCUCCUCCCCCACCCCCACAACUGCCAGCUCCAACGCUAUCGGAAGAAGCACCACCUCCAAGUUAUAAUGAAGCCGUUCAAUGGCUACCGGCUACGACGCCUGUUAGAUAG